UCCCUGCCAUUCUCUCCAGAGGGAGCUCAGGUCUUCUGCUCGCUUCCUCCGCUGAGCGCGCUCUCGCUGAGGCAGAGCCAGCCGCUGCCUCCCUUUCGCUGUAGCUGAGCGUCCCCCACUGGGCACCGCCAUGGUAGACAGGGGCCCCCUGCUGACGUCCGCAAUCAUCUUCUACCUGUCCAUCGGAGCGGCGAUCUUCGAAGUCCUGGAGGAACCGUACUGGCGAGAAGCGUCGGAAGAUUACAAGGAGAAGAAAACGAAGCUCCUGAAAGAGUUUCCCUGCCUGGGCCAGAAGGGGCUGGACAGAAUCCUGGAGGUGGUAUCUGAUGCCGCUGGGCAAGGGGUCUCAAUCAAUGCCAAUGACACUUUCAACUAUUGGAACUGGCCCAAUGCUGUCAUCUUUGCUGCUACUGUGAUUACAACCAUUGGGUAUGGAAAUGUUGCUCCGAAGACUUCAGCUGGGCGGCUUUUCUGCAUAUUUUAUGGACUCUUUGGUGUUCCUCUCUGCUUAACAUGGAUCAGUGCUUUGGGAAAGUUUUUUGGUGGACGUGCCAAGAGACUGGGCCAGUUCCUAACAAAGAGAGGAGUAAGCCUGAGAAAGGCACAGAUCACAUGCACAGCCAUUUUCAUCAUCUGGGGGGUCCUGGUCCACCUAGUCCUUCCUCCCUUUGUUUUUAUGGUGACUGAAGGCUGGGAUUAUAUUGAAGGCCUCUACUUCUCAUUUAUCACCAUCACCACCAUAGGAUUUGGAGACUACGUUGCUGGUGUGAAUCCAAAUAAAGAUUACCAUUCCCUAUAUAGAUAUUUUGUAGAGCUGUGGAUCUACUUGGGUCUAGCGUGGCUUUCCCUCUUUGUCAACUGGAAAGUCAGCAUGUUUGUAGAGGUUCACAAAGCAAUCAAGAAACGAAGGAAAAAAAGGAAGGAAUCCUUUGAAAAUCAUCCUCCUACCAAAAAAGCUCUUCAAAUGUCUAACCCAAAAGAUGUGAACAUUUUCAGCUUCCUUUCCAAAAAGGAGGAGACCUACAAUGAUCUCAUCAAGCAGAUUGGAAAGAAGGCUCUGAAAACAAGCAAUGACAAAAUCCUAAAUUCAGAGCAAACCAAGCCAACCUUGCAACAUUCGAGCAAAGAGCUCAAAGUGAUGUACACAAGGAGCAAAUUGUUUGAUUAUGAUGAGGUUUCUCUGGGACUCCAAAACUAUCAUGUUAUGAAGCAUCUAUCUGACAAACAUGGUGGGGACAGCCCACUUGAGGGCAAUGUGUUUGUAAAUCAGCUUGACAGGAUUAGUGAAGAAGAAGGGGAAGCCUGGGACUCCAGGGAUUAUCGGCCACUGAUAUUUGAAAAUGCCAACAUAACAUUUGUAAAUGAGGAUGAGGACGAAGAAGAGGAUAUUUCUGAUGAUGAAGAAACUUCAAAGUCCUCUAUGGAUGACAAUCUUGUAGAGGAACCUGAAAGUCCUCAAGAACUGGUGAAGUUUCCAUCCUCUGAUGAAUCAACAUUUACCAGUAAUGAAUUAGAGAUAUCUGUGCCUUAUGAGCAGCUAAUGAAUGAGUACAAUACAGUGAAUACUGCAAGUGGUGCAACGUGAAGAAGGUUGCCACUACCUUCGGGAGAUAAUUCAAUGCAGAUUUUGAACAAAUUAUUAUUGAAUACAUAAGCAUAAGUGAGGAGGAAGGUACAUCCCACCUGGCAUUUUCCAUUGCCGCUGCUGCCUUUCCACUAGCAAACUGAAAACAUUCAGCGUCUGGAGGUUAUCUUUAGAAGUGCUUUUACUCAGUUGUGGUUACCCACUGUGAAACAAUAGUUAUAAAAACAUGAGAGGUCCUUUUGGGAGUUGAUAGAUUUUGAAAGACAGGAAGAAAAGACUAGAGUUUCAUCAGACUUAACAGCAUUUGUCCUCCAUCCCCAUUUUUCCUGUUCACAAAGAGUAAAAUUCUAAGAUUGCAAUCAUACUAGUUUUUGUUGAUUGCAGAAUUUAUACUGCACUAACCCUUCAUCUCUGAAAAACUUAAGGCGCAGAGUGAAAAAUGCUGGUGUUCUGUGCAGAGUGGAAAAUGCUGGUGGUUUUAUCACAGUCUUACAAUGACGCUCACUCUCUACCAUUCUCCUUUUAACCAAUGUGUUGAACAGGAAGAGAUGAGGAACCUGAAAGCUAGAGUUGAGAUACAUUGGAGUACUGAGUCAGAAAUGUUAAUAGUUUCUGCUCAGGUUGUACCACUUCUGUUUUAGUCAUGAACAAAAAUGCUAACCUUUAAAACACAGAACCCAUUUUAUGAAGGCAGUGUACCUUCUGUUCUAUAAAGAGCUACCUGUGGUUAAACUCACCUGGUGAUCAUGCAAAGGACACGUGGCUAGCAUUCAACACAGCACAAUGCAAGAAUUUGUGUGGACAGAUUUAUACAUGAAGAAAAGCACAAUGAGAAACUUGUGUUUUGCACCCAACAUGUCCUUCCCUAGACUCUAGGGGAACUACUUGAAUAAAUUUCAUGUGCUAAUGUCUCCAAAAGAAGUUUAGUGACGCUGCUCUUUGGAAUGGCAGCAUGUUUUUAAAUAGCAAAACACAGCCAGAAUAUUUUAGGGUAGUAUCCAGUGUUAUUCCUAUGUAGAGUAGACCCAUUGCAAUGAAAGAAUCCCAAAUUAGUCUUGAUAUACCGAAGCCUAUUCAAUUCAGUGGCUGUAACAAUGUAGGGCUAACAUUGGAUACUUUAAUAUAUGUAGAUUUGAAGGAUUUAAGAGCUGCUUUAUCCUUGGUGUACUCAGUGGCUCUAGUUCUAAAAACAAUCUCCAUUCCAGUUGGUACUUUAAAAUAUUUGCUAUGGGUACACAUACUUUCAUACAUUUCUGCUACAGGUAUUUCAACUGGUUUUCCUAAGGUGAAAAUGUUGGGUUGUUUUUACUGGGCUCUUAUGUAUACAUGUGGAAAAGAGCAUGAGAAGCCUUACAGAAGCAGCAGAACUGUGCUGUCACAGUGAGGGUCUUCAGCCAAUACUUGUUUUGCAUUGGCAAAGAGAUAAUUGAAUGGUUGCUGUUCUUUAUAAAAGGCAGAGAAUUUCCCGCACAUUGUAAGUUUUUGGACCAAUACAGUAACGUUGAACAACUGACUCUAAAAGUGUUGUAGCAGCAUAAGCUUUCACUGGUAAAACUGUUUUAAAAUCUGGUUCUAAGUCACUCCAGUAUAAACUGUAAACUUAAGUUGUGCGUCACACGGUUUCAAUUUGAACUGGAAGAAAUUAAAGGUGGUGAAAGCCUGGAAGUGGGGGGAGGGGGUGACUCUAACAGCAAAAAAGGCCAGGUGAAAUUUUGCAAUACUAGCCUUGAAUGACCAUUGAAAAGUGUUCAUACUGACUACUGCUUGGCUUUUAAAUGGCAAGGCAUGGAGGCCUAGAGUUCUUUCCUUAAACAUCAACAAUACACUCCUGUUAGAAAUUCUCUUGGAAGGACAGCUUGAAGGCAUUUGCUGCAAAAGUGUCUCUGUUCAUUUAUGUUUGGAAGUUUGUACUGUAUGUGUGCAUAAAAGUUUGCAACAAGAAAAAAGACCAUUAAGAAGGAUAUGAAAACAGUUGUAUUUUCUUACACUUUUCCAGAUGGGACAUUUUCCCAAUGGAAUUGCUAGUGUUAACCUGUGCUUGUUUUAAUGAUUUUAGCUAUGCUUGAACUCUAGUCCCAGAGGCUACUGUUGUUGCUCAUGGAGGCUUAUGGGCUACUUUUUAAAUGAUGAUGAUGAUGAUGUAGGCUGUUCCUUGGCAGGCAUGACUGAUUUGUUCAUACCUCUGUAUAAAGGCAACCUUGAUAUCCAACAGUGGCAUCAUGAGUCAAAACCUCAAACCUCAAAAAUAUUGUCUUGCUGCUAUAUCAGUGGCAACUAUGACUAACUAAGCAUUGCUCUUAUUCCAUGGCAGAUAAUACACUGUGAAUAUUGAUCUAUGUCCUAUUUUUGUAGCAAAAGCGCACAUUAUUUUAGUGAAGGAUAACUUCAUGAAGUGGACAUCGUGUUCUGGUGUGUCUUCCAUGAAUUAAUGGCAGAAAGGUUUCUCUUUUUGCUAAAAGGCAAACCUAUGGCCUCCUGGCAUCACUGUGGGGAAGGGGAAGGGGAUUUUUGGAGUCCCAGUACCAGCAUCCUUUACCCUUGGAGCUGGGACACCAAAUUCCAAGUUCCUGCCCCUCUCACAGCCAGUGAGGAAAGAAGCAUGGUUACUGCCUUUGCAAGACCAGAAAUACACAGAGGGAAAGGUGUCUGCCAAGAGGGGUGGAGAAGGAAGGAGGCUGUGGCCAUCACAGCCACACCAGAUUGUCAGCAGACCAUCCUCCUUCCUCUCCCCUCCCUACUGCUUUAUCUAGACAGCCAAACAUGGCCGUCUAGAUAAAGUACAUGGUGUGAAGGACAGUGGCAGAAACUGCCAUCACAAAUCAUGCCAUGUACUGGAUGCUUGUAAGCUUCUGAGUUCAGAGGCUGAGGGCAAGGGGCACAGGUGUUCUACGUCCACCUUCAGUGCAGUAAGUACAGCAUAGGAACAACAGAGAUUAUGAAUGAAUGCCUUAGAAUGUUGCUACUGCUUUGUGUGACUUGAAUUUCAUGGUCAAUGUGCUGGACUGCACAGGCAAGGAGACAAAAUAAUGCAAGCUUGAAACUUAGCUGUCUUAUCUAUUAAGCCUCGCUAUUAAAUACACUGCAAGUCUAGGAACUUAAUUAGUUCCCCAGGAAACAAGGUCAGAUUUUCUUUCCUUCAAAUGCAGAGAAAUGUUAAUGUUAGCACAAAGUCAUUAGGUUUCUAUGCUUUAAGCAGUAUUUGGAAGAAAGUCUCCUUACAACCUGUGGAGACUUCAGGCAGUUAGCCAUCAACAGACUCUGAACAGUUCCACCAUGUGCCUUGUAGUGAGUGAAAUUUAGCUUUCACUCUUUUUUAAUCCUAGAAUAACCAGUGUAAGAAGUAUAUAUACACUACAUGAGUUGCACAAGCUGGUCACUUAUCCUAAAGUGAAUUUUUCUUAGCAUUCAUAAAUGGCAGUGCCACCUUGGACCUAUCUGAGAACUAGUCUGCCUUAGUGCACUCCUGAUCAGAAACAGUGUCUUCCAUAUGUUUUCAGUCAAAUUAAAAUUUUAAACCAUUUUAUUUUAUUUUUGCUCUGACUUUGUACUGAAGGAGCAAAUACUGAAAGAAUCUUUGAUUGCUCGUGAGACUCAGCAACUAUAGAAGUGCCUUUGACUAUCUUAACUUCCCAGAAACAUUUUGGGAAGAGUUUGCAUAAUGUGAAACAAAUUUAAAGUGCAAGGCUUGGAGACCACCACUUUUUUCUGCUCAAAAAAAUGAGUAAAAUUGAACAGAGUAGCCAUUUCUGUUUUGUGUUCAUGUUUAUAGACACUUAAAUUAGCCUGUAGAAGGGGCUGGUUUUGUUUGUUUUUUUUUAGAUGGCUGCUAACCUUCAGAAGUUCCAGAGCACCAAUACUUUGCAGGUGUUUCAGGAAAAAAGGGGAGGAUUUUCUUUCUUAGCUGUGGACCAAGUACCCUUGGCAUUGCUGCUUUUCUUGUUUCCCUGCCCAAUAACCACUGCUGACAAUUGAAUCGGAGCAGUCUAGCACAACAUAAUCUAGCUGCAAAGAUUCAUCUUGUGUAUAGUUCCACAAAUUGCACCCCAGAAGAUGUGUUGCUCUCUUCCAUUUACUCAGUAGUGUAUAGGAUUUUCACAUGAUCAGAAUUAACCAAGGUCAGGCGCUGUGGGGCAUUCCUGGUGUGUUCAGUAUAACCUCAUGGCAGAGUGGUGACAAGAUUUGCUCUCAAAAAUGCGGGAGAAGCCUCGCCACCACUUACCGUCUUGUGGCAUGAUUUUUGUGUACAUUCAGUACAAAGCUGAUCUUCAGCCAAUCCUGUUUGCAACCGCUUUAUAUAAAGCAGUAUAUCAUUCCAGCUUUCCUUUUAAAGUAGGCCAUUAAACAAACCAGGCAGAGUAACAUUUUGUAAAACACCCUCAUUCAUUGGCUCCAUUGCUGGCAAUGGGUGUUCCAAAAUGUAAGUUGAAACCAUAUGUAUUGAUGUCUUACUACCCUGAAUGUGACUCAUUUCAUCCCUUUAGCCAAUUGGAAAUUCACUACUAUCUUGACUAACAUUGGAAGCAGAAAGCAAUAUAUAAAAGGCCUCUUGAACAGUGGCCUCGCAGCUUGACUCAGCACUAGUUCUCAUGCCUUCUCUGCUGCACUGAGCCUUUAAAAUAAGGGUCUCCUGCAGCUAUUCCUUGAAGGGUGCACAGUCUGGACAAUCUCAUCUCUGGCUCCCCAUCACAUGAGCAGAUACAGUUCUUGUUUCUGUCUGUUCUUUUGUUUGCUGAUUUGUGUCACUGGAAUCACUGAAUGUAAAUAUUAGACUUUGUAAAAUGUAAUUUAUUUUAACAUUUUUUCAAUAA